UAACUCUAGUUACAGUCGUUUGACUUUCACAUUGGAAUGGAUCGCAGGGUGCACUGAGAAUGAUGAUAAAAUCGGUUACUACUUUGCAACGUGGAAUACAAAACUAACUCCGUGAUGCUUUUAAGGAAUAUUUCUCGUUGUUUACUUCAAAGACUGCGCCCACAGCAUAGUGUGACGCCUGUUCGACAUCACAACAUCGAUGGAAACGUCACAGCUACAGCGACCACGGUCACCAUCCUCGGCAAGGAAGAUGACACUGUGACCUUUAUAGAUGCCUACAGUUCGGUUGGAUUCAAGCUCAACAAUGGUUUCCGGAUAUUUGGCCCGUGUGCUGUGUUUCCACGAUCAGUUCUUCACUGGAAUGUGAGCGGGCCGGAGGACAUCAGCCAGGACUCACUUUCACUUUUCACCAUCUUGGAACCGAAGAUAGACAUCCUGGUUCUUGGUAUCGGGGACAAAGGAGCAAAGUAUGACACCAGUAUCAUCAAGUAUCUCCGCAGCAACAAGAUCAACGUGGAAGUCCUACCCACGGACCAGGCGUGUUCGACCUUCAAUUUCCUCAACUCUGAGCGGCGGUAUGUGGCUGGUGCUUUGAUUCCCCCGACAUACGUUCACAUCCAGCACGACGAGGAUGCACAGGUCCGCACACAGCUGGAAAGGCGGGGUCUGUACGAUAUGGAGUUCAACCGGACCCCUGACACACCAGGGGAGUUUGAGGAGGAGGUCAAGGACAUCAAACAGAGAAUGUCCAAAUACAUCUCCAGAGAGGAUGACCCUUCCAAGAGAAAGUAACUCUUGUGGUGAACGGAUUUUACUCAGGAACAUUUACAAGCUGUGAAAAAGGACAGUUAUUGUUGUUCUUCAUCCUUGGCAUCAGGUUUGUCCCUGGUUGAAGAACAGACUCCAAGGCAAAUAUAGAUAUAGAUGCUGAUGUUCUAUGCAGCAUUACUGUGUUUGCCAAUUAAUUUCUGAUGUUGAUGGAAGGCAAUGUUUUGUUUCUUGGCAAGACAAAUGGUAAAUCCCAUGGACUCACUGAAGUUAUUUGUACUAGAAGUGUUAGAUAGUAGAGAAAUAAAGCAAGGAUAAGUCUUUAUAUUGAA